AUGAUUCAAGAGUUGGAAGCCAGGAGGACUAUUGAAGACAAGAUCAGAGAGAAAGAGCAUGAGAUCUUUAAACUGAACCAAGCGGUUGGAACCCUGACUGCAUAUCUUCAAGAGGAAAAAAAAGAAAAAGAAGAAGUAAAGGUUGAUCUAGACAUGGAUAUGUCCCUUAGAGAAAGUCUUGUGAAGAAGAAUGAAGACCUUAUUAAGGAUUUGGCUGAUGCUAAUGAGUUAUUGGCUAAAUUUAACAAGAGCACUGCUAUGCUUGAUGAACAAAUUCAAUCACAGAGGCAGAAAGGAGAGACACAUGGCUUGGGAUACACAACCUUUGAGAAAGGAGACCCUUUUGAUACCAAGGACACCUUGCAUGUAGACAAAUUUGCACCUAAGACAAAGAAGACCACUAAAACCUUUAGGGAAGAUAUUCAAGAAAUUAUUUCUAAGACAAGGGCAUUAUUUCUUACAAAGAAAAGAUUGACAAGGUUAUUAGUUGGUGAAUCUCAAUCUGUAAAUGUUGAAACUGAGCAAAUUUUGAAGAACUUUUUAGGACUUAUUCCUAAAGAAGAAGAACAUGAGAGAUUAAAGGGAGAAGAUCUCCCUGAAAAUUUGAAUAUUAAUGACAUUAUACCGGAUGAGAUUGUUUUUGCUGACACAAGCACUAAGCAAGAUCCAAUCAUUAUCCUUGAUGAAGAGACUAUGUUACUAGGAGCUACUUCAACCGAUACAGGUGAAGUGAACACAGAAGCAUAUAAGAAAGAUGAAGAAAAGAUAGAUGAAGAAAUGACAGAGAAAUCGGUGAAUGACCAAAAAGAUAAUGCUCAAACCACUAAGUCAACAGAAGCACAAGAGCCACCGAUAAAUGAUGAUGAUGAGGAUGAUGACAUUGUAAGCAUUCAAGGACCAAUCAAUAUGGACAUGCUAAGUCCUACUGAGCUAAUGGAGAUUGCAUCUACAAUGCAAUCUAAGGCACAAAAUAAGAUUAUGAAAGCACAAAGAAAAGAGGCUCAAACUAUUCAAAGUGCAAUUGAUAUACUUUCCAGUAUACUACUGGAGACUGAUAUUGGCAGUCUUCGUACACCUAUUGACAAACUGGAACAUUUGGUUUCAUUAGCAGGUGAGCAGAUGGAAAGCCUUGAAGAAGCUACAAUUAAGAAUGUGGAAAAGGAAUAUGAGAAUAGAAGAAUUGAACAAUUGAUGAAGUCUAUUGACAGAGAUAAAGUUGGUCUUAUUGUCAAAUUGGAUCUAAUUAAAGAAUCAUUACAAACUGGAGGUGCAGCGAGGAAGGGUGUUGUAGGGGGUUGGGGGUGCUCAACGGCUGUGGGGGUGGUGCUGGGUGCAGAGGGGGCUGCAGGGGUUUUGGGGGGUGGGGCUUUGGCUGCGCGGGGGCAGGGUUGA